ACACCUGAAACUAGUACAACAUUGUUAAUCAAAAGUGCUCCAAUAUAAAACCAAAAUUAAACAGAAGAAAAAGUCAGACUACUGGUCUUCUUAGGAAGGAGGCAGAGAGUGUAUUUGUGAAGCGCCUGACACUAUUCUAGUUUUGCUCUACAUGAUGACAUGUCUGUUCAAUGAUUAUUAUACUUAUCUUUCUAGUUCAGAAUAUGAUUGUGUUAAAUUUCCUAACAAAAGGGUUAGCUAAAAAGUAAGCAAAUAGAAAAAAGAAAUACAUUGAUGAGACGAGUGCCAGCAUCUUUGAAAAGUGAGUUUGUGGCUUUUCUCUCCGCUGGGGAAGCUGGUGCGAGAUGCAAAGAACAAUAUACAGAAUCCAAGGUGGCAAAGCGCAGACUCAGCACUAACGCUUACUCGCACCAGGACCCCGCUCCGAUCCGCAGCUAGCCGCUUGCCAGUCUUGAGUCGCAAGCCGGUUAAGACUAAGCGGCGCCGCAGAGGCCUCUGGGAGGGGGCGGUCUCUGGGCAGCUGCUGGGCCGUGUGGGCGUCGUCUCCGGCGGCUUUCUUGAGAAACCGUCCUUUCAAGGAAGAGGACCUGAUUAGUACUUGAACCUAAGGGAGAGUCCGGGAGCGGUUGCGAAGCUCGAGAGGAGCAGGUGAAAUCCUGGAGUCGGAGGAGUAUCCAAGACCUGGUCUUUCAGAGCUUUCUCCUCCCCCAGACUUGUCGGUUUAGCAUUCUGCCUUUCCCUGUGAGGAGGAAGAUCAGCCAAGUCCCAGCCUUUGCCCAAUCCAGAGCUGUGCCAUGGCAGAGACUGAGGAAGAGGAGACAGUGUCAGAAGAGGCUUCUGGAUUCUCAGACUUGAGUGACUCGGAAUUUUUGGACCUGGAGGAUACACAAGAGUCAAGUGCUUCACCUAGCAAGCCUGGUCCUUCUUAUGAAUUACCUGGGAAGGAUGACAAGCGCAUAAGGUUACCAAAAUGGAAAAGAAGAUUGGAUGUCUCAUCACCUAUGGAGCGAUUUCAUCUUAAAUACUUGUAUGUCACUGACCUGUCUACUCAGUACUGGUGUGAACAGCAAAUGGUAUAUGGAAAGGAGUUUUCUGGUUUCUUGACACCUGAGAAAUCAGCUAUUUUGGAUACUGGUGCCAGCAUCCAUCUAGCUAGAGAACUAGAAGUGCAUGAUCUUGUGAAUAUCCCCAUCACCAGUAAAGAAGAUGCUUGGGCAGUGAAGUUUCUGAACAUAUUAUCAAUGAUUCCUACCCUGCAGUCAGAAGGGCGCAUCAGAGAGUUUCCAGUGUUUGGAGAAGUAGAGGGUGUGCUUCUUGUUGGUGUGAUUGAUGAGCUGCACUAUACAGCCAGUGGGGAACUGGAACUGGCUGAACUCAAGACACGUGGGAACCCUGUGCUCCCUUCAGAUGCUCAGAAAAAAAAAGACUGUUUUCAAGUCAGCCUGUACAAAUAUAUCUUUGAUGCCAUGGUACAGGGGAAAGUGACUGCUGCUAGCUUAAUCCACCACACAAAACUGCAUCCAGAAAAACCACUGGGACCUUCAGUGCUGAGGCAUGCCCAGCAGGGAGGCUACUCUGUGAAGUCCUUGGGUGACCUCAUAGAACUGGUCUUCUUGUCUCUAACACUGUCUGACCUCCCACUUAUUGAUAGCCUGAAAAUUGAGUAUGUCCACCAAGAGACUGCCACGGUGCUAGGUACAGAGAUAGUGACCUUUGAAGAGAAGGAGGUGAGAAGCAAAGUGCAGCAUUAUAUGACCUACUGGAUGGGCCACCGAGAGCCUCAAGGGGUUGACGUGGAGGAGGCCUGGAAAUGCCGGAUGUGCAACUAUGCAGAUAUCUGUGAGUGGAAGAAGAGCGGUGGGUUGACCAGUGCCACGCAGGAGCCACAAGUCAAAAAGGCCAAAUGAACAGAAGAUGUGCCUUCAAGAACUGGGAUGUUUCCUGCAUCUAAUGUACUCAGCAGAGUUAAUUAGGACCAUUCUCUUCAACCAAGCUUGAAUUUCUUGGAGAGUGUUCUUAUUUUGGUUCUUUUCAUAUUUCCUUAGCCUCUAACCUCACAAAUCCAAGACCCUGGCUCAUGGCUGAGUGGGAGAGAUCUGGGAUUAUACUAACCCUAGAUCUUUGCCACAGGUUGCCAAAAAGACAAAUGCUUAUUAUGGCUGGAGCACAAUCAUUGUUUUCUUAAGAAGAUUCUUCCAUUUAUUUUAAGUCUCUUCCCUACGUUUUUCUCAGUCAAGAUUUCUACAAGGUGCUGUAGCAUGUGCCAGAAUUUCCUUUUUAAGACUGAAUAAUAUUCUACUGUGUCAAUAGCUUUUAAAAGUAAAUGAGAGCAAAGUAGUAUUCCAGAGGAGGAGCUGACAUGGUAAAAGCUAAAAUGUUGCAGAAUGAUUUAUCUCAGAUGGAUCUGAAACUGGAAAUAUUACAGUGGUGUCACAGUCCACCAGGUUGUUAGAUCCUCACAUGUGGAAGCAAAAAAUGCAGAUGGUUCUGUUGACUUGGGAACAAGGGGAGGGUCUAAGUCCUUGAGGUCUGGAUGAAGUGAAAAAUGAGCUGUAUUGAAUUCCAGGUCAGUAUCCUAGGAAAACUGAUUAAGCCUCAUAUCAGAAUCUGUGAAUGUGGACCACGAAUAAGCUAAGAAUUGUUAUCCCAGCCUCAGUAUCUCUAAUUCCACUGAACUUCACUUCUGCUAUUCUUUAAUAAUGUCUCCAAUAAACACAACAUUCAUUGAAUAUAU